AUGGCUCUGACUAAUCCCAUGCCAAUGGGACCAUGGAAGAUUACAGUAUAUGACCAGGAGAACUUCCAGGGAAAACGUGUGGAGUUCACCUCAUCCUGCCAGAACAUCAUGGAGUGCGGAAUGGACAACGUUCGCUCCCUGAAGGUGGAGUGCGGAGCCUGGGUAGGUUAUGAGCACUCCAGCUACUGUGGGCAGCAGUUCAUCCUGGAGAGAGGAGACUAUCCCCGCUGGGAGUCGUGGAGUGGCAGCAAUGCUUACCACAUCGAGAGGCUGAUGUCCUUCCGCCCAGUCUGCUGUGCUAACCAUAAGGAGUCCAAGAUUGUUGUAUAUGAGCGGGAGAAUUUCAUCGGGCAUCAGUGGGAAAUGGCCGAUGACUACCCCUCUCUUCAGGCCAUGGGCUGGCCCAACAAUGAGAUUGGAUCCAUGCAGGUUCAAAGUGGAGCCUGGGUCUGCUACCAGUACCCUGGCUACCGUGGAUACCAGUACAUCCUGGAGUGUGACCGCCAUGGUGGAGAGUACAAACACUACAGGGAAUGGGGCUCCCACGCUCAGACCUUCCAGGUGCAGUCCCUCCGCCGAGUGCAGCAGUGA